UGGUAUAAUCAGGAUUUUCAGUUCGGGCUAAGUCAACAUUACACAAAACGGCGGUUCAGUAUAUUCACGUACCGCGUGCUUAUUUCGUGUAUCCUACAAGCUCGAAUCUCUUAUCUACCCGCGAAACGCGAGAUUUUCGAAUUUCAUUUGUAAUGUUGACGAUAUGAUACGAUAUUUUACAGCUUUAUCGCAUUAUAGACUAUUAAAUCAAUUCGAGUGGUGUCUGUGUCGGGUAUUUUUACAACUUUAAUUCGAUAAUGUGAAUUUUUUUCAAACAAAAAAUGAACAAAUUUUGGAAUAUUUUUACGAUGGAAACAAGCGCGAGUUAUUAUGAAACAUAAACACUCGAGGAAAUAAACCAGUCGUUCGAGAAUAGCCAAGUCUCUCAUCGAUGGCCCGUCAAAAGUCCAAAUGCUGUUCUGUCGGAGUGUUCAAAUAUUUAUUCCACGUUUUUAACAUUUUAUUUCUGGUCUCUGGAUUGAAUGUUUUAGUGGUGGCGAUAUGGAGCGUGUUUUGGAGGUAUCACUUGGUGAGUGUGCAAGAAACACCCACCUAUGCGAUCAUUGUUCAUGUACUUUUGCUAAUUGGUAUCCUUAUCUGUAUCAUAAAUAUCAUGGGAUAUGUGGGCGUUUGGAAAGAAAACAGAUGCACCAUUUUUUGCUACACGUUCCUGUUAAUAUUGGUAUUUUUAGCUGAAAUAUGCAUCGGAAUGAUGUCGUUCUUUUACAAGAAUCAAAUACCAGCAGAAAUGGAAUUAAAUUUAAAUUCAACUUUUGUAAAUCGCUACGGAGUAGAUCACAGACCUACAGAAGCCAUUGAUUAUAUUCAGAAAAAAAUGCGAUGUUGCGGUGCCAUUCGUUUCGAAGACUGGAAAGCUAGUCAGUGGUAUUUAUUAAGUAACAAUAGUAAUAUUUUAGUACCUGAUUCAUGCUGCCGAUCUCCAAGUUUAAAUUGUGGACGAAGAACCCAUCCUAGUAAUAUUUUCUACAAUGGAUGUAUUUAUAGAUUAAAAAGCGAAAUUCGUGAUCAUUUGUCAAUUGUUCAGUGGAUUACAUUUUUCAUCGCAGGAUUGCAAUUUUUCGGUAUUUUAUUAUCGUGUGUAUUAUGUGUUAGAAUAAAACACGUGUACUAAUUUCAUGAACCUCAAACUAUUGAUAACUAUAUAUUUAUUUUUAUGUAAACUUCUGUACCUACCUAUUAUAAAUAUUUUUUAUUUUUACCUGUCAUUAUAUUUUUUCUCAAUGAUUUGAUAAUGUGCCAAUUGUAUCUACGUGUAAAUAAAUCAUUUUUUUGUUGUUCAUUUAAA